CCGACGCCGCCAUGGACCCGGCGUCGACGCUCGAGUGUCACCGCCGCCUCUACACGUACAAGGUCACCAAGACGGACGCCGACGGGCGCGCCUGCUGGGACGUCAUCAACGUCAUGUCGUGCUGGGGGCGUUGCGACUCCAACGAGAUCUCCGACUGGCGGUUCCCGUACAAGCGCAGCUUCCACCCGGUGUGCCUGCACGACGCCCGCGAGCGCCGCUCUGUGCGCCUGCGCAACUGCGAGGAGGGAGCCGCCCCCGGCACCGAGCGCUACGAGUUCCUCGAGGCCGUCUCCUGCCGGUGCGCCAUCUGCCGCUCCUCCGAGGCCAGCUGCGAGGGGCUGCGCUACCGCGGCCAGCGUUCCGGCCCUUUCAAAGCGCUCGGCCGCCGGUAGAGGCGAAGCAGUUCACGCCAACCUAACUGUCGCGUUGCCAGCCAUCCACUCCACGUGUACAAAACUUCGUACUAACGAUGGUUUACCCACCCUUCUGUUCUCCUUUCAAAGUUCCGUACAGGCUCAUCUACCCUAGCAAUUCAAAAUAAAUGUUCUGAGGUGUUUCAAUUUUUUCAGUGAUCUAGGUUUUCAUCAACUAUAUACUAAUGUUUUUAAACAUACGUCUCUCUUCGGCCUUUCCAAGGAGACUAAUACAGCUCUCUGGUCUGCUAUGAGCUCACAUUGUUUCAGUCCCCUAAAGAGGCUACCAUCUGUAGGCAACUCGAUCUCUGCUCCAUAAGAAAAGCAUGGACACCUGCAUUUCCUACUUUCCAACAGUAACCACCACUAACUGCCUAAUGGAGGCAAAGAGAUAUAUUGUGGACUUUACACAACAUGAUCUGGUGGCAAACCCAAGAGCCAUGUAUUCUUACACCUUUUCGGUUCUGUUGGCUUAUGUACAGAGUACAGAUAGUAUCUGGGGCAUCACACUAAAUUUCUAUUCCCUUUAAUACGUAACCUACUUUGAACUACUUUCUCACAAAAUGCAUUAUUUCUGUCAAAAAGACCCAACCGUGGUGGAUGGCUACAAACUGACACGAUCUCUCACCAUUUAUGCCAAAGAUUACUUUCAGUAUUACCUUAGCUAUAAAUCAUUUUUACUAUCUGCCUCUGGUAAUUAGUCUAAGUAUGUAUAAUUUGUUCGUUCCUAAUGAAGACGCUGAACCGUAAAAUCCGUGUGUAACUGUCAUUAUGAAUUGUACAAUUCUUUAUGGGUUUUUGUUGAGUUAUUGAGUAUACCUCACAGUACCCCAGAUUCACUUACUGCCUCUGUUGCCAAAUUAAGUUCGAUUUCUCACUGUUUUUUUUCUUUUUGUUUAACAAUAAACUCUUAAUGAAAGAACUCUAAGUUACUUAGCUGUCCAUAAAUACUGUCUUAUGUAUUCAAAUUGUACGUCAACAUUGUUACGUUACAUAUACAAUUUAUCAUUCCUGAAAAGUAUCAAUUGAAAACUGUUCAAAUAUAAUUUACCACAAACCGCAUUACGCUUAAAAAUAUUACCAAUAAUUUGGAGCAUAAUUUAAAAUCUCAGCUUCAGAUUGCUCUGAAGGAGACGGGUGAUUUCAGAAUUCUUUUCCUGAAUCUUUGCUGUAGCAUAUAGUACAAAUGAGAAAUAGUACAAUUGACUCUCUUACUUUUAUGCUGAACAAAACUUUUAUCUAUGUCUGCUGUGUAUUAGUUAUCUCAACUGCUGUUCUUUUCUUGUAUGUUUAUUGCCAUAUAUUUUCACUGAAUGUUUAGUAUAGAAACUAGUUUCAAUUCAUGUAGAAUAUCGUGUUAUCGUGUUAUCUGAUUAGAAUAAAUAAAUGUUUAUAGUAUUA